CUCCCGGUCCCAGGGGCAAGCAGAGGAAGAUGGGAGCGUCUGUCAGACACUGCCUGCACCUGCUGAGUGAUGCUGUGCAGACCUGUGCCCUGAGGGGACCACUCUGCAAGGAGUGCCAGGCCUGGUUGCCAAAGGAGAAGGGGACUCGAGCUAUAGCUGGAUCCAUUGGACGUGGUGAGGCAUCUUGGUUGCUUCCAUCGAUGGUACUCCUGCUGGGUCCAGACCUGUAGAGCGAGGUCCUCCGUGCGGAUGGAAGAAGCGAGCCUGUGCCUUGGCGUGUCCUCGGCGGUGCCCGAAGCCGAGCCCCGCCUGGGCGGCCCCAUCCUCAAUGGGCAGUAUGCCAUGAGUCAGAAGCUGCACCACAUCACCUCGCAGCUCAGCCAUGCCUUCCCCGAGCUGCACCCACGGCCCAACGCUGAGGAGAAGACCUCCGCGCCCCUGGAGGAGAAGGCCCACGUCCCCAUGAGCGGCCAGCCCAUGGGCAGUCAGAUGGCGCUCCUGGCCAACCAGCUUGGCCGGGAGGUCGACACCAGCCUCAAUGGGCGCGUGGACCUGCAGCAGUUCCUCAACGGGCAGAACCUGGGCAUCAUGUCCCAGAUGAGUGACAUUGAGGACGACGCGCGCAAGAACCGCAAGUACCCAUGCCCUCUCUGCGGCAAGCGCUUCCGCUUCAACAGCAUCCUCUCCCUGCACAUGCGCACCCACACUGGCGAGAAACCCUUCAAGUGCCCCUACUGCGACCACCGGGCGGCGCAGAAGGGGAACCUCAAGAUUCACCUGCGGACCCACAAGCUGGGCAACCUGGGCAAGGGACGCGGGCGCGUGCGCGAGGAGAACCGCCUGCUGCAUGAGCUGGAGGAGCGGGCCAUCCUGCGGGACAAGCAGAUGAAGAGCAGCCUGCUGCAGCCCCGGCCCGACCUGAAGCCCCCGCUGCACGCCCAGCAGGCCCCCCUGGCCAAUUGCAACCUCGCCCUGCCGGCCAACCACGGUGCGCCCGACGUCACCAACCCGGUGCCCUCGCCCAAGCCGGCCAACGUGCAGGAGGACGCGGCAGCGCCGGCCGCCGGCUUCCGCUGCACCUUCUGCAAGGGCAAGUUCAAGAAGCGCGAGGAGCUGGACCGCCACAUCCGCAUCCUGCACAAGCCCUACAAGUGCACGCUGUGCGACUUCGCCGCCUCGCAGGAGGAGGAGCUCAUCAGCCACGUGGAGAAGGCCCACAUCACCGCCGAGUCGGCCCAGGGCCAGGGCCCCAAUGGUGGCGGGGAGCAGGCGGCCAACGAGUUCCGCUGCGAGGUGUGCGGGCAGGUGUUCAGCCAGGCGUGGUUCCUGAAGGGGCACAUGCGAAAGCACAAGGACUCCUUCGAGCACUGCUGCCAGAUCUGCGGCCGGCGCUUCAAAGAGCCCUGGUUCUUGAAGAACCACAUGAAGGUGCAUCUCAACAAGCUGUCGGUGAAGAACAAGUCCCCCAGUGACGCUGAGGUGGCCGUGCCCAUGGGCAGCAUGGCCCAGGAGGCCCACGCCAACCUCUACUCCAGGUACCUCUCCUGCCUGCAGAGUGGCUUCGUGGCCCCGGACAAGGCCAGCCUCGGUGAGCCGGGCCAGCUCUUCGGCAAAGGGGAGCUGCCCGUGAAGGAGAAGGAAGUCCUGGGCAAGUUGCUGUCGCCCCUCUCCAGCAUGGCCCACAGUGUCCCUGAGGGGGACAAGCACUCCCUCCUGGGGUGCCUCAACCUCGUGCCCCCGCUGAAGUCCAGCUGCAUUGAACGGUUGCAGGCAGCGGCCAAGGCGGCGGAGAUGGACCCUGUGAACAGCUACCAGGCUUGGCAGCUCAUGGCCAGGGGCAUGGCCAUGGAACAUGGCUUCUUGUCUAAAGAGCAUCCGCUCCAGCGCAGCCACGAAGACACUUUGGCAAACGCCGGCGUGAUGUUUGAUAAGGAGAAGCGGGAGUACAUGCUAGUGGGAGCAGAUGGCUCCAAGCAGAAAAUGCCUGCUGAUCUGGUUCAGAGCGCUAAAGUGGGCAAUCAGCGAGACCUGCCAAAUAAGCGCGACCCUUUAGAAGGCAGUCGGGAUUUUUUGUCACACGGCCUGAACCAGGCACUGGAAUACAGCCUGCAGGGACAUGGGAAUCUGAAGGAGAAGCCCACCGAGUGCCCUGACUGUGGCCGGGUCUUCCGCACCUACCACCAGGUGGUCGUGCACUCCCGGGUGCACAAGCGGGACCGCAAGGGGGACGAGGACGGACUGCACGCCUGCCUGGACGAGAGGCGUGGCUCUGGCAGUGACCAGGAGUCCCAGUCGGUGAGCCGCUCCACCACACCAGGCUCUUCCAACGUCACCGAGGAGAGCGGGGCCGGUGGCGGCCUCUCACAGCCCGGGAGUGCCCAGGAGGACAGCCCACACCCCUCCUCACCGUCCUCCUCAGACAUUGGCGAGGAGGCUGGGAGACCGGCCGGCAUCCAGCAGCCAGCGCUGCUCCGGGACCGGAGCCUGGGCUCAGCCAUGAAGGACUGCCCUUACUGCGGGAAAACGUUCCGGACGUCACACCACCUGAAGGUCCACCUGCGGAUCCACACAGUGGGUGCCCACCCCGUCCCCAGCAGGAGGAAAGGAAGUGACAGGCACCCACACGCAGUGCUGACGCAGCCUCCCGGCGACGUGAAAGGUGAGAAACCCUACAAAUGCCCGCACUGUGACUAUGCCGGUACCCAGUCAGCGUCUCUGAAGUACCACCUAGAGAGACACCAUCGGGAGAGACAGAACGGGGCUGGGGCUCUGUCUGCGCAGCCCUCAAGCCAAGACCACAAGGAUGAAAUGUCCAGCAAGGCAUCCUUGUUUAUCAGACCAGACAUCCUCAGGGGUGCCUUUAAGGGCCUCCCUGGCAUCGACUUUCGAGGGGCCCCUGCCUCUCAGCACUGGACCUUGGGAGUGCUCUCCGGAGACCAUUUGGGGCAGGCCACGGGCAUGUCCUCCGAGACACCGUCAGAUCCUCUGAAAGGUGCUGCCCUUCCUUCCAAAAGCCCCCACUUCUCUGAAAUCGGAAGAGCCUAUCAAAGCAUGGUGGGCAAUGGGGUGAAUUUCCAAGGGUCCUUACAAGCAUUCAUGGACAGCUUUGUCCUCAGCUCCUUGAAGAAGGAGAAGGACAUGAAGGACAAAGCCCUGUCUGAGCCGCAUUCCAUGAAAGCUCACGGGGCAGAGGGUGGCGAGGAGAAGCCUAGCGGUAAACCCUUACCGAGGAAGUCGGAGAAGUCUCAGUAUGAGCCUCUGGACUUGUCUGUGAGGCCCGAUGCUGCCGCCCUCCCAGGCUCCUCGGUGACUGUCCAAGACAAUGUGGCAUGGCAUGCCUGCUUGUUUUGCUCUUUCACGACGUCCUCCAUGGAGCUGAUGGCCCUUCACCUCCAGGCCAACCACCUCGGCAAGGCCAAACGCAAAGACAAUGCCCUGGGGCCACCCAUCAAUUGCAAAGACCCAGCCAGGACGGGCAGCAAAGUGGCGCAGCUGCCCACGGCACAGUCAAACAAGGAGCUGGGCCUUUCCCACACCGUGGGCCUGCUAGACUCUGCUUCCGAGAAGAUGGCCCCAGGGCAGGUCAAGGAGCCCCUGGUGGAGCCCAAGAACAGCCCUUGGUCUGGCCCCGUCGACCCUGCCUUUUGCAACUUCCCGUCAGACUUCUACAAGCAGUUUAGUGUUUAUCCGAGCCUGGCCGGCUCGGGAGCCUCCAGCACCUGCCCCGGCAGCGAGCCUGAUGGGAAGGCCCACCCAGAAGAUGACGCCCCCAUCCUGAUCCCUGAGAACAUGACCAAGACCGUGACUGAUGACCUGUCCGACGUGGCUUCUUCAGAGGACAUGGACUCCUCCAAGGGCGAGAACAAUGAAGAAGACGAUAUUGACACUGAACCCGAAAUGAUGACCAAGCCCCUGUCUACCCUGAGCAAGGACAGCGGCAGUGAUGGAGGGGACAGUCUGCUGCCCACGGGGACCCCCCAGCCCAACCAGGGACUCAUGUCACCUUUACCCCAAGCAUCGGAGAAGCAGUGGCACAACCCCAGCCUCCUCCCAGCCCAGGAGACCUCUGUGGGCCUGCCUAAGCCGGAGCGGGGGCCCCUGGGCCUGGAGAAACCCAUGAACAUGCUGUCGGUCCUCAGGACCUACAGCGCCGAUGGCUUAGCAGCCUUUAACGGACUUGCAAGUAGCACAUCAAAUUCUGGAUGUAUCAAGAGGCCAGACUUGUGUGGUAAGUGACAACCCCCUGUUGUAGUCCUUCUCUCUGGACUUGCCCUUGUCUGUCCGUGCUCCUCGGUGGUUCUCUGCAGCUUGUUUCCUGUGUACAGUCAAGAGAAGAAUGUAGACACAUAUGUGUGUUGAAUCAAUAAUUACUAUUGGCAUAGGUAUGUGUAUACACAUGGCACACCAACCUACAGUAUAUAUAGCAAAUCAUCCUAGAGGCUAAAAAUACUGCCCCAUAUGUCCCUCUAUUAGUCAUGGAUUACCAAGGCUUAGUAACUGGAACAGGAGAGGAAAGCCCCUCAAACCCUUAAAUCCUGAGUGACAGAUGCUGGUGGAUUGGCGGUCACUUCACCGGGGAACAGCCUGACUCGGGGUCUCUUCUGCAAGCUCGCCACCAGCCGCGAGAGGUGGACCCCGGAUGGUCUCAAUGGCAUUACUGCUGAUAUCUGAUCUGUCCUGUAUUUUGUAAUGCUUUUAGAUGAAUACCGAAAAGUGCAGUACUUUCUCUUUCUCCAUAGUAUUUAAGCAGUAAUAUUGCUAGUUUAAUAUUGUGUCAGGUCGUUAUAUUAACCAGGAACAAAUGACAGUGAAAUUAGAGCCUUGACAUCUGCAAUUUUCAAAAAAAGAAAAAAAAAUACGGUGAUUGAAGCAAAAUGUGUAAACUUGUACUGGGUUAUCGUGUGCUUUGGAAUAGAGUAUUGUUGAAGUAAUUAGAAGAUAUAUUAAGGUGUUCCUGGUAAUGAAGGCAUGUAAGUUAUAAUAAUUGUAGCUUUCUGAAUAAGUGUCAAACUAUAUCUUUAAGUGUGCUGUAUGCUGAGUUACAAGUUAGGUCAUUUAUGAAUGAAAUGUAAAACAAUACUAAAACUGCUUCAAUAACUUAUCUUGGUCUUGCUAAUAAAAAAAAAGCUGUGAAACAUUA